GAAUUUGAGAUAAAUCUUGAGCAAUGCGGAUGGAUAACUAUAUGGGGUUGUCUCUUUGAAUGAUAAUUACAUUGCAUACAUUCCUUAAAAGGGUGUUGUAGACGCCCGUUUUUGGGGAUCCUUGUUUUGGAUAUUUCCAUGCGUGUGGGGCUUGUUCUUGACUGGUGCUUUUGUUGAGGUCGCCUUGUCGGGUUUUAUGGCAGGGACAAAGGGAAAAAAUUGGAUCUUUUUUCUUUUAUGUUGUGUGGAUAAUGAUAACAGCUACGUUCCAGGCAAGUUAAGUGAGGAAGAAGAUAGGCAACCUUAACCUUCACAAAGAGUGGUGUCUCGCUCUCUCUCUCUCUCUCUCUCUCUCUCGCUUAGGUCUGUUGGAAGAAGCAGUUUACAUGGGGAAGUCAUGCCAAAAACCCGCUUCUUCGGCAUGUCUUGUUUCCUUCCUGUGAAAGGAGAUAGAGGAUUUCCCAGAAGGUUUAACCCCGCAAACUCUGUGACAAACAGUCAAUGCGUUCUGAGUGAUGGGUGCGAAAAGUUCCAGAGAGAGGAGCUUUAGGCAGACUUCAUCCUCGAGGAGUUCUUCGGAGUAUCAGCAUCCGCCGCCUUCUUACGGACAGAGCUAUCCUUCGCAGCCAUCCUAUGCGCCGCAGCAACAAUACCCGACUCAGCAAUACAGCAGUGGCGACAACAGGAAGAGGCUGGAAAGACGGUAUUCGAGGAUUGCCGAUGACUACAAUUCCCUGGAGGAGGUGACAGAGGCUCUUGCCCGUGCUGGCCUCGAGUCUUCUAAUCUCAUUGUUGGUAUUGAUUUCACUAAGAGCAAUGAGUGGACAGGAUCAAGGUCAUUCAAUAGGCGAAGUUUACACCACAUCGGAGAUGGUUUCAAUCCUUAUGAACAGGCAAUAUCUAUUAUCGGGAAAACCUUGGCUGCUUUUGAUGAGGACAACUUGAUCCCGUGUUUCGGGUUUGGAGAUGCUUCAACGCACGACCAAGAUGUAUUUGCAUUCUAUCCUGAUGAUAGAUUCUGUAACGGAUUCGAGGAAGUUCUGCAAAGAUAUAGAGAAAUCGUCCCUCAGCUAAGACUUGCAGGACCCACAUCUUUCGCUCCAAUUAUUGAGAUGGCCAUGACCAUUGUUGAGCAAAGUGGUGGGCAGUACCAUGUCUUGCUGAUUAUUGCUGACGGACAGGUAACAAGGAGUGUUGAUACAGAGCGAGGACAGUUAAGCCCGCAGGAGCAGAGAACGGUUGAGGCGAUUGUUGAAGCUAGUAAAUAUCCUCUGUCGAUCAUAUUAGUUGGUGUGGGGGACGGACCAUGGGACAUGAUGCGAGAGUUUGAUGACAAUAUUCCUGCUCGAGCCUUUGAUAACUUCCAGUUUGUGAAUUUCACUGAAAUUAUGUCGAAGAAUGUGUCCCACUCUCGCAAGGAGACUGAAUUUGCACUAGCGGCCUUGAUGGAAAUUCCUUCGCAGUACAAGGCAACGAUAGAACUUAACAUGUUGGGUGGUCGGAAGGGCAAUGCUUCACCACGGGUUCCUCUACCCCCACCGAUGUAUGGAGGGAUUUCUAGACCUAAACCAUUUGGGUCGGCAAGUUUCAAGCCUAGUGUGCCACCUUAUCCUGGAGAUAGCAGCCCGAUCAGCGCUGCAGUUGCUGCUCCUCCUCCUCCUCCUCCUCAGUCGACCUCUACUUACGAUAAUCAGAUCUGCCCCAUAUGCCUUACCAAUACAAAGGACAUGGCUUUUGGUUGUGGCCAUCAGACAUGCUGCGAGUGCGGGCAAGACCUUCAGUCCUGCCCGAUUUGUCGGAGCGUGAUCCAGACGAGAAUAAAGCUCUACUAGAAACCGGGCUUUCGUGGCUCUUCCCUUCUGGAGCUAUUGAUUUCUCUUUGUAAUUCUUUGUUUUGUUUGUUACCCAUUUGAUUUCAACAUGAAAAAGCUACUGUCCUCUUUUCUUUUUGUUCAUAUUUAGGUGAAUAGCGUCUCUGUACAUUAAACUCAUUGUAAAUUCCUUUGUCUUUUUUUUUUUUUUAAAUUUCAAAAGUUUGUUAUCACAAGAAGCUUGACAUUGUGAAUUAACUUAUCGCAGAAAAAAAGAGAAUGGGAGUUACUCAA